UGCUCCCCCAAGGGUCAUUGCUUCCGCAGGGCAGUUCCUCAUCCUGUAUCCCAGGUUUCCGGGCUGGGCUGGCAGAGGAGAUAAAACGUGCCUGGAAAGUACCAGGAACCACUGGCCUGUGCUUAGAGCCCCAGGCCCCAAUUACUCUGUGCUAGUCCUUGGAUCCAGUGCCAGCUUCUUGAUAUGAGCGUCGCUGUGGUGUUUCGAGGCCCCCGGCCUAACCCUGGGCUGCUGCUUCUGGGCCUGUUGUUUCUGCCAGCCGUGAUUGCCUUCACCAGCGCUAGUCCUGAAGAAGAUGCUAGAGAUCUUAACUGUGUGUGUGCGAAGACCAUCUCCUCUGGGAUCCACCUUAAGCAUAUCACUACCCUGGAGGUGAUCAAGGCAGGACGCCACUGUGAAGUUCCCCAGCUCAUAGCCACUCUGAAGAAUGGGAGGAAAAUUUGCCUGGACCGACAAGCACCCAUUUUAAAGAAAGUAAUGAAGAAACUCCUGGAGAGUUAGGUGCUAGCUGCCUAAAUCUGCAAUGUGUUAUAUGGGAUACUGGAGUUUUGUCUACUUUCAAUCUAACUGCAGUCUUCCAAUGUUUAUAUUAUCCUUUGAGACUUAAAUAAAUGCAUUGAACCAAGUUGUCAUAAA